AAGAAUGUAGCAGCGCACACACGGAGCCAUUCUACGAAUGCCACCCUCAAGCAACCAGCCGGGACCCAAGUCUCCAGUCAAGCUUCUACUGCGCGAAUACCAGGGAAGAAUCUUGACCGGACACAAACCCCAGCUACAUCUGCUCAACACAGGCGCAACUUAAGUGCACUCACAUCUACGCGAGUGGCACGGCCGGAGCAAAGUGCAAAUUGGCCCAAGGCAAGGCCAGUCUGCGGAGUACCGAAGGAUCAUGCGAGUACGGCAUCCUUAAACGGCACGACACUUACUCGACCGAUUUUUGACAAUUCCAAGCAGCUUUCGAUUCCACAGAAAGCAAAGCAGUCGAUAUCAGUUGCCAAUUCCACACUCUCCACGAAUUUAAAUGCAGAAGGCGUUGGGGGUUCUGACUUUUCCCGCAUAGGCGACGAACUAUUACAGCUCUCUCUACUACACGAAAGCUCGGCCUCUACGUUUCAACAGUACACAAACAGCGUGAUCAACCAUCUCAAAGACCAACAUGCCGGUCUCGAGAUACAGCAUCAACAGCUCGAGUCUCGGGAGCGAGAUCGUCAAACGCAAGUCAAUCUUAGAGGCAUCAGGAAAUGGUUCGACCAGAACUCUGGGAGCAGUGACGUGAGCCUUAAUCCUCUCUCAUUAUUGGCUGAAUGCACACACGAACUUGAGGACUUAUCCAAAGGGGACGGCGAUUUCUCGGCGGCAAUGAAGCAAUUUGACGACUGGAAGCUAGGGGCUGAUAUUGCAAUGACGAGCUGCGGGACCUCUGAAGAGACAGAGGUGCGAUUUGUGGUGCCCAUCAGUCCUGAUUGGAGGAAUUUGAUCAUGUCCCUGGACACCAAACUCAAGAUGUACAUGAAUACAUUGAGGGACUUUAGAAAGGGGAAUGAAAGCACCGCGAUCGAUGAAAUGAUCACAAUGCUUUCGGUAUUGGGCCAGAGUCUACUUCAGGAGAUUGAAAUCUGCAAGACUCUGGAGGGUUUGAUUCUCCAGCGACAACAGAGGUGGAUUGACUCAUCAAUUGAGAAGGCGCUUCUGGCUGUGAGGGCCGACAGCUCCCAAGCCUUCCAGCUGACUGUGCGGAAGGGCAUUUGGGAAGAUAUC